AUGGAGCAGUUAGAGAAGAUUAAUUUUCACUGCAAACCGACUUUCCGAGAAGGAAGCUCCAGAUCUCCAAGAGAAAACUUUGUCCGACACCACUGGGUGCACAGGCGCAGGCAGGAGGGGAAAUGUAAGCAGUGUGGAAAGGGCUUUCAGCAGAAAUUCUCAUUCCAUAGUAAAGAGAUUGUGGCCAUCAGUUGUUCCUGGUGCAAGCUGGCGUUUCAUAACAAAGUCACCUGUUUCAUGCUACAUCACAUUGAGGAGCCGUGUUCCUUGGGGGCUCACGCUGCUGUCAUUGUGCCUCCCACCUGGAUCAUUAAGGUGAAGAAACCUCAGGUGGUCUCCAUACCAGGAGACGAGCCUGAUUGGGCAGGAGACUGGAGCCCCGAAGGGGAAACGGGCGUCUCCUACCCCUAUUGGGAGGGUUGGCAGAACUCUUUAAAGACUUCAACACGGCGAAAGAAGAGAACAUCUUUUAAAAGAAAAGCCAGCAAAAGAGGCAAUGAAGAUAACAAAGGUCGGCCAUUUGUGAUAAAGCCUAUUUCCUCUCCACUCAUGAAGCCACUGCUGGUUUUUGUCAAUCCAAAAAGUGGAGGGAAUCAGGGCACCAAGGUUCUCCAAAUGUUUAUGUGGUAUUUAAAUCCACGCCAGGUCUUCGAUCUCUCUCAGGAAGGGCCAAGAGAUGCGCUGGAGCUGUACAGAAAAGUGCCAAACCUGCGGAUCCUGGCCUGCGGCGGAGACGGGACGGUGGGCUGGAUCCUCUCCAUCCUUGAUGAGCUGCAACUCAGCCCCCCUCCUCCUGUGGCAGUUCUUCCACUUGGCACUGGGAAUGACCUUGCCCGGACCCUCAACUGGGGUGGGGGUUACACAGAUGAGCCAGUGUCCAAGAUCCUGUGUCAUGUAGAAGAUGGAACCAUUGUCCAGCUGGAUCGCUGGAAUCUCCAGGUUGAACGCAACCCUGAUUUGCCACAGGAUGAGCUGGAGGAUGGGGCACGUAAGCUUCCUCUCAGUGUCUUCAAUAAUUACUUCAGCCUUGGAUUUGAUGCACAUGUUACACUGGAAUUCCAUGAAUCUAGAGAAGCAAAUCCAGAGAAAUUCAACAGCCGAUUUAGAAAUAAAAUGUUUUAUGCAGGGGCAGCCUUUACAGACUUUCUGCAAAGAAGCUCAAGAGAUUUAUCCAAGCAUGUUAAAGUUGUGUGUGAUGGUACAGACCUGACUCCAAAGAUCCAGGAGCUGAAGUUCCAGUGUAUAGUGUUUUUAAACAUACCCAGGUAUUGUGCUGGCACGAUGCCCUGGGGAAACCCUGGAGAUCAUAGAGACUUUGAGCCUCAGCGCCAUGAUGACGGCUACAUUGAAGUCAUUGGGUUCACCAUGGCCUCUCUGGCUGCUCUCCAGGUGGGUGGUCACGGAGAGAGGUUGCAUCAGUGCCGUGAGGUGACACUUUUAACAUACAAGUCCAUUCCCAUGCAAGUGGAUGGUGAACCAUGUCGAUUGGCUCCCUCACUCAUUCGGAUCUCCUUAAGGAACCAAGCCAACAUGGUGCAGAAGAGCAAGAGGAGAACAUCUAUGCCUUUGUUAAAUGAUCCUCAUUCCAUCCCAGAUCGCCUGCGGAUCAGAGUGAACAGGAUUAAUUUACAAGAAUAUGAGGGCCUACAUUACGACAAGGAAAAACUCCGGGAAGCCUCCAUUCCCCUAGGAAUUAUAGUGGUACGAGGAGAUUGUGACUUAGAGACCUGUCGUAUGUACAUUGAGCGUCUACAAGAGGACCUACAGUCUGCAACUUCUACUACACAGAGAGUUCAUUACCAGGACCAAGAAAGCUCCUUCCCCAGAGUACUUUCUGUUCAGAGGCUCUCUCCUAGAUGGUGCUUCCUAGACGCAACUUCUGCUGAUCGUUUUUACCGCAUUGACAGAUCUCAGGAACAUUUGCACUUUGUGACAGAAAUUUCGCAGGACGAGAUUUUUAUUCUGGACCCGGAGCUGGUAAUGUCACAGCAGGUGGGGACGCCACCAGGAAGGCCUCUGGGUGAGUGGUGCUGGGAUCUGACCUUCAGAAGCUGUAUUAGAGUAGGAAUAUCAGAUCGGUGGAACCCUGCGGUUCGAAAGAGGAUGCUGAGUGACAGUGGCCUUGGCAAGAUUUCCCCACACUACGAGGUACCUGACAAACAAAAGGACGCCAGCCAGACACAUAUGCUGCAGUCACCAGUAUCUUCAGAAGAUCAAGCACUUUUACAGGCAGUCAUAGCUGGUGAUCUGCUGAAGUUCAUAGAAUGCUGUAAAAAGGGAGCCAAUUUGUUAAUCCAAGGACCUGAUCACUGCUCCUUAUUGCAUCAUGCUGCCAAGACCGGGCAUGGCGAGAUAGUGAAAUACAUCCUGGAGCAUGGUCCAUCUGAAUUACUGGACAUGACAGACAGUGAAACGGGUGAGACAGCAUUACAUAAGGCAGCCUGCCAGCGCCAUCGUGCCGUCUGCCAGCUCCUGGUGGAUGCGGGAGCCUCUCUGAGAAAGACGGACUCCAAGGGUAAGACCCCUCGUGACAGGGCUCAGCAAGCUGGUGACCCAGAUCUGGCCUCCUAUCUGGAGAGUCGACAAAACUACCAAAUGGUUUCCCACGAGGAUCUGGAGACAGCAGUCUGAGGUCUGAAAACUUUGAAGAGGAUCCUUGGAAAUCACAAGGCUGCACCUGAGGCACUCGGGCAUCAUGUGAGGAAGAAGCUGAUGGAAUCAACGUGUCUCUCACUCUUGUGGAAAACACCUGAGGACAUGCCACCAGUUUCUAAGGGCUACUAAGUCUUGCCACGGAACAGUUAGGUUCCAUAAGUUAGCCCAUGAUGGAUGAGGUGGGACACUCAAAGGUCUGUGGAAUCCAUAGGCCACGGAAAUUUACCUUUAUUGCUUCCAGCAAGUAGCAUGAACUUCUCCCAUGUUCAUCUGUAUGAUUUAUUUAAAAAAAAAAAAAAAAAAAGGAAAGAGAAAAGAGGGUGUGGGGGAACCAAUCUAACUGGGACAUUAAAACACCCAACCAGGCCCUCCUCUAUCCCUACAGUUUCUUGCAUUCCUUUUAUUCUCCUGUUCCCCUCACUUCUCAUCAGUUAAAUAGUACC